AUGUCCUUCCUUCGCAAGACGUCGGAGCCGGCCUUCUUCCCCAUCUUUCCUACAUAUCUCCUCCCCUCGAUCCCUUUCCGCCGCAAGUCGCGUCAGUCGAGCACUGACAGCAACAGUUCAGCCAAUACAACCACCUCCACGGUGACGGCUGCUUCGUCCUCUUCGAACCCCUUCACUAGGAGUCCCACCCCAACGCCCAUCCCUGUCUCGUCUGUGUCAUCCAUUGUCGUUCCGCCCGGAGACAAAUUUCUCAAUGGCCACAGCUCUCAUAUUCAAUGUGCAAAAUGCUCCACAGAUCUGUGCCUGACCUCCCAGAUCAUAAGCAAGGGCUUCAUGGGCAGACACGGUCGAGCAUAUUUGGUUCAAGGGACAACAAGCCACAUCCACACCCCAGCUCCCUCCUUGCCAAAUACGUUUCAGAACAAGUCCAUCUCUCGAAACCUAGUUACGGGCCAACACAUCGUGAGCGACAUUAGCUGUGCCGUUUGUGGGAGCAUACUGGGAUGGAAAUACGUCGAAGCCAGCGAAGAGAGCCAAAAAUACAAGGUCGGCAAGUUUAUCCUCGAGACCAAACGCAUUCGCAUCAAUGUCUCCUGGGAGAAUGAGGAGGAUGACGCUAGCCGCUGCACAUAUGACCAGGUUCUGCCGCUUCCUCCGAGGGAAUUGAGAAAGCUGGUCGACGGGUCGGCCGGUCCCGCCGAUGAUCUCGAAUUCGACUCGCAAGACGAGGACGAGUGCGAGGAUUUGUUUGCCGGCGUUUGGAGCCCUCAACUUGCUGCCAAGAGGCGGCAAAGGAAAAAGGAACGGUUUGGCAGGCGACCCGUCGGCAACUUGAUCAACUUUGGCGCCGCGAGUAGCACCGAUACUUUGUCAUGA